GAAGGGGAGGAGGGGGGGCUGUCUUUCGUGGGGGGAACCAAUGUCUCUUUGUGCCUCUUCCCUGCAGGAGAGAGCUGCGAGGACAAGAGCCCCCCCGGGCCGGCCUCCAAGAGGGUGCGCACAGCCUACACCAGCGCGCAGCUGGUGGAGCUGGAGAAGGAGUUCCACUUCAAUCGCUACCUGUGCCGGCCGCGCCGCGUGGAGAUGGCCAACCUACUCAACCUGACCGAGCGGCAGAUCAAGAUCUGGUUCCAGAACCGCCGGAUGAAGUACAAAAAGGACCAAAAAGCCAAAGGCAUCAUGCACUCCCCCGUCGGACAGUCUCCGGACCGCAGCCCCCCUCUUAGCGGCCCAAACCACGUCGGCUACUCCAGCCAGCUCCCCGGCGUCAACAGCCUCAGCUACGACGCGCCCUCGCCCACCUCGUUCGCCAAGUCCCAGCAGAGCAUGUACGGGCUGGCCGCCUACACGGCGCCGCUGAGCAGCUGCCUGCCGCAGCAGAAGCGCUACGCGGGCGCGGAGUACGACCCCCAUCCCAUGCAGAGCGGCGGCGGCGGCUUCGCCAACCCCAGCCUGCAGGGCAGCCCCGUCUACGUGGGGGGCAACUUCGUGGACUCGAUGCCGGCCUCGGGCCCCAUGUUCAACCUGGGGCACCUGCAGCACCCCUCCUCCGCCAGCGUGGACUACAGCUGCGCCGCCCAGAUCCCCGGCGGCCACCACCACGGACCUUGCGACCCCCACCCUACCUACACGGACCUUUCCUCUCACCACACCUCUCAGGGACGGAUGCAGGAGGCGCCCAAGCUCACGCAUCUGUAGCGGGGCGGCGGCCAGCGGGCCCCGCUCCCCUCUCCAUUACCUCACUUUUCUGACGGGACAGUGUUACUGUGCUCUCUAGUGCCAACAGUAUCAGUGGAUUUGUCUCCCUUAGCAGCUCCCUUCUUUCUUCCGCAGCCCCGAGUAGGUCCGUGAGCAGGAGCCUUUCUCUUAGAGCUGUUUUAAGCAUGACAGUGCAAUAUACUGCCAACCGAGGGACUGAUAAGCUGGUAAUGAUGUACUUGAAGGUAAGUCUUAGAGAUGCUGUAGUGUUAGCAGCGCGUCAUGCUGAGGUGUUUUAGACCAGUCGUGAGCCGUCGGAACUCGCCCGCGCGUAAGCUUAUUUCAGAAAAGUUAAUUUAUGAGUUCUUCCGUAACGUAAGGAUCGCAUUGGACUAAAUGAUAAUGUAUUUAUUAUUUUAAGCGAGACAUUUUUUGUAUCACUGAUUAUUUAUCCUCGUCUUAAUGUAUUUAUGUGGGUAUUUGUAGAAUUUCUUCACCAAUACUUCGGGAGAGGGAUUCAGGUCCGUGGUGACUUACAUUUCACCUAUUUAGUAUAAUCGGUCUGAGCUAGUUGAGAGAGUAGUCUUGAACAGUUGUAACAGUGGCUGGUGUUCGUAGUUUAUGUAAGGAUUAAUUAAGACAGCAAGUCGUAAAUCAUUAAUAGAGUAAAACAAACUGUGGCAUCACACAAAGAGCCGUUACACUUAAAAAAUAUUGAAAGUAUUUUUAAAGUAUUUAUUUCUAAUCGGCUGGCCCCACUCGAGCGCCUCGGUGGCUUGGCUGGCAGCUGGCUCGGCCGGGUGAAGCCACCUUUAGUUGGAAGCGCAGCCGCUCUGAGGAGGCGAUCUACAAAGAGGGGCUCCUGGCCGUCUUGUUUCAGAUCAAAUCCUGCAUAUAAAAACCUCGGUGAGGUUAGCAUUUAUUUAUUGGCUGGGUAUCUAUCGCGCAUAUUAUUUUGAUGGGCUAUUUUCUUUCUUUUUAUUUAUUUAU